AAUUAACCACAUUCAUUUAAGUGUGCUAUUGUUAUGACAACAAAAUCGCUGAUGGAGGAUUUUUCGGAUUUUUAGCAUCAAAGAGAUUGUUUUACAGAAAUACAGCAUAAAAUACGUAGUUCCAAGGGAUUUUACAUCCAUGUCCUGCAAUACACGUAGCAAGCGUACUUCCAAGGUACAAACCAGCAAGGAACCCCCAGAUGAAGGGAACCAGCAUCUCCGGAAAAGGUCAGGUAAAAACAGCGCGGCUACCGAACCGCCAGCGGACAUGAAGGACAGUUUUGAGGUUCAAUUCGUUGUCGAUCUCGAGGAGGAAUCGGAUGAUCAACGGGAUGUUUCUCAGGAGGAUGGUCAGAAACAACCGGUCUUCCGGUGCACCGUUUGCGAUUGGUACUAUCUGAGCAAGGAAGGUUUGUGGAACCACUUGGAACGGCACAUGAAUUCGGGUGAAACAGGGGAAGAGUACUGCGAGGAACUGGUGGUCCCCUAUGAGAUGUACGACUGCGAACUGUGUGGCGACCAUCGGCUUUAUCAGGAGGAUUCCUACAGGCAGCACAUUAGUGAAGCUCAUGACGAAUCUUUGGAAGAGGAUGUGGCCGGCGAAUGUGCGUGUCCCACUUGUGGGGACGUUUUUGGCAGUUAUAAUCUUCUGUCGAAGCACAUCGAACAAGUUCACCCAGUAGUGGUGUGUGGAAUCUGUGCUGCAUCUUUCAGCAAUGAACAGGAACUGAUAGAACAUAAGAACACACAUCAUCUAGAGAAGAGCUUCUCCUGCCCCGACUGCCUGGAGGUAAUGCCUGAUGAAAAAACGCUCAAAGAUCAUUCCGAUGUGUGUUCGAAGAUGAUAUUUCCGUGUGAUUUGUGCAAUGCCGAAUUCGCGAACUACAGCUACCUAGAAAUGCACAAAGCUCAAACCCACCCACAAGAGACGGCGGAGCAUGUAGAAUUCACGGUUCAAGAUAGUAGUAGCGAUGAGGAGUCCGUUGAUGAAAAUGUACCUGCUGCCAAUGUUGGUAUCAAAAUGGAAUUUGCUGUGGAGGAAACCGCACUUCAUGGACUGCAACUGCAAGCUGACGAUCAGACGUUGUUCACUAUUUCCGAUCUAGAUCCCAUGGAACAAUUUCUCGGUGAUUCGCCAGUUCCGGGUCAGGAUAAAGACGAAUCCCAAAGUUCAAAUCAAAAGCAAUGUCGUAGUUACAAAGUGGGGAAGAAAACGUUCUAUGAGUGUUUGACAUGUGGUGAAUCAUUCGAGAAGUACACUGCCUAUCGGUGGCACAGGCUUAAAAUCCAUAUUGGAACGGAUCUCAUUUGUCCGCACUGUUCGAAAAAGGUGUGGAAACAGUCCCUUUUCGAGAGUCAUACGGCCAAGUGUGCGCUCAAAAAGUUUCCCUGCGAAUUUUGCACUCGGAAGUAUGCUACAAAAGAAGCUGUGUUAUACCACACGAAGGAGUCUCACAAGAACGAAAUUGUCAAGCUGCACGUCAAACGCGAAUGUACGGUGUGUGAUGAAACUUUCGUCGACAGUGGUCUACAUUUCGAACAUAUGAAAAUUUGCCAUGACCAUAGCGUUCAAUGUACGCUGUGCACUAUGACUUUUGUAGACGAUGACGAGCUUACGACCCACAUGAUUUCUGAUCACGAACGAGUUUCCUAUAAAUCAGCCCUUAAGUGUGUACCCUGCAAUAUUAAUUUUAGAAGUGUACAUCGUUUCAACAUGCACAAGCAAAAAAUUCACCAAAACCUGAAACACAAAUGUCCAAAGUGUUCCCUACAAUUUUCGCGAAAGCAUACAUUUUUGGAGCACAAGUCUCAGUGUGUCGGUAGGAUAUUGAACUGCAAACUGUGCAAUGCAACACACUCAACUGCCAAAGCUUUGGAGCAACACAUAAAGCGACGCCAUAAAUCCCCUGAAACUGUACAAGAUCCGUCCGAGAGUCCAGCGAUUAAAUGCGAGUGUCCGAUUUGUUGGGACAUCUUUGGUGAUGGUUUUCAGCUGUCUAACCACGUUCAGGAAAUCCAUCAGAUGAGCAUAUGCACCAUUUGCGCGAAAGUUUUCAAUAACGACGUUGAACUGAUUGCUCAUAAGCUCACGACUCAUCCAGAACCGUCGUCCGCCAUUUUUAUGUGCCCUCAUUGUACGAAAUCAUAUCGAUCAUCCGCUAUGCUCAACCGUCACUUGGAUAGUUGCGGUCCUCGAAUGUGCAGUGUUUGCGAUCAGACAUUUUCCAAACAUAGUCAUCAUAUGGCGCAUAUGAAAGAUCUUCAUCCGGAAGUGAUGUACACUUGUCCGUUUUGUCCCAGAAAGUUCAUUGAAGAAACAGAUUACGUUAAUCAUUCAGGCUAUUGUGCCGAACGGAAAUACUCUUGCAGCCAGUGUGAUGCCAGCCGGAAGACUUUGCCGGAGUUCAAACGCCACGUUGCGUUGACCGGCCAUGCGGAUGAACCGGUGAUCGAAGCUGAGGAUAUCCGUUCAAACUUGCAGCUUCCAUGUCCGAUUUGCAGGGCAGUUUUUCGCUGUGUGAAUACGCGAAGGUCCCAUAUGGCAACCGCUCACAGGGAACCUCACAUUCAAUGUCCAAGAUGUGAUCUAGCAUUCCACUACAAAUCCAGACUACUGACGCAUCUGCGCAAUCACGAUAGAAGGCAACUUAAAAUCAAAUUAGAAAAACACAAAAAGACACAGAAUAAACUUCCGAAAAAGCGAAGGAUCGUUCGCAAAGCUGAACCAGUUAAAUGUAAGAAGUGCGAUGCAGUAUUCCGUACUAGCAACUACCUGAAAUAUCAUUUGAGAACAAUGCACGAAGAACCUCAAAUCAAAUGUCCCAAGUGCGAGAAAGCAUUCCACUUCAAAUCUCGACUUCUGGAGCAUUUACGUACUCAUCAAAGGGAAAUUAAGGUAAAGGUGGCAAAGGUGAAAAAGGUGAUCAAAAAAGAGCCAAUCCCACGUCCUGUUCCUGUUUUGUGUUCACAUUGUGACAAAUCUUGCCGCUCGAAUGCGAUUCUUAACCGCCAUUUGCAAAUUUGUGGUCCUCGAACAUGCAACGUCUGUGAGCAGAAUUUCGACAAGUAUAAUAGUUAUAGAAAACACAUGCGAACAAUGCACCCGAGUGCGUUGCACAGAUGUUCGUAUUGUCCGAGAACGUUCGUGGAAAAACUUCCGUUUCAAAAUCACUUGAAAUACUGUGCAGAACGGCGUUAUUCGUGCAGGGAAUGCGAUACCAGUCGGAAGACCUUGGACGACUUCAAACGUCACGUUGCUUUGACAGGCCAUGCGGAAGAACCUGUGGUUGAAACAGAGGCAACCCGUGGAAAGUUGCAACUCCCAUGUUCUAUUUGCAAGGCUGUUUUUCGAUCUGUGAACACAAGGCGGUUCCAUAUGGCAACCGCUCAUAAGGAACCUCACAUUAAAUGUCCCAAGUGUGACAAAGCGUUCCACUACAAAUCUCGGCUUCGAAUGCAUUUGAAGAAUCACGAUAGAGUACCAGUUAACAUCAAAAUCAAAAAGGAGAAAGUACCAAAAAAAAAACUUCCAAAGAAGCGAAAAAUCGCUGUUCCAGAAGGACCGCAGUCAUGUCCAAAGUGUAAUGCAGUAUUUCGUGCCCUUAAGAACUUGAAAUAUCAUAUGAGAAUCAAGCACACCAAACCUAAGGUGAAAUGUCCCAAAUGUGACAAAGAAUUCCAUUUCAAAUCCCAACUUUCCUAUCAUCUGCCCACUCAUGACAACUUGAAGGUAACGCAAAAAGCAACUUUCACCUGUUUGCGUUGUAACCAUCCAUGUCGCACGUCUGAGAGGCUCGAACGCCACAUGAAAACGUGCAAUCCUCGAACAUGUAAUGUAUGUCAGCAGGCGUUCAACAAGCAUUCUGAUUUCAAGAAGCAUAUGGACUCAUUCCACCCGGAUGUGUUGCACAAAUGUACGUUCUGUCCGAAAGCCUUUAUCGACGAAGCUCGAUAUCAAAAUCAUGUGGCCUACUGUGCGGAACGGCGUUAUUCGUGCAGUGAAUGUGAUACCAGCCGGAAGACUUUGCGCCAAAUCAAACGUCACAUUGCACAAACGGGUCAUUCGCAGCAACCGCUGGUUGAAGCUGAGACAGCUCGUGCGAAUAUACAACUUCCAUGUCCAAUCUGCAAGGUUAUUUUCCGUUCUGUGCAUACGAGACGGUCCCAUAUGGCAACAGCUCAUACGGAACCACACAUAAAGUGUCCCAAGUGUGAUAGAGCUUUCCACUAUCAGUCCAGGCUGGAGAAACAUUUGCGCAACCACGAUAGAGUUCAGGUUGUUGUAGACAAGCCACAAAGGCCACCAAUAGUAAAUAAGGAAUCGAAGAUUACCACAAGGCAUUGGAGAACAAAAAUCGACUUGAAGAAAAUUUCGCGGAAACAAGUUGGCAAGCAUCACGAACGACCGAUUCCCUGCACAAUGUGUACAUCUACAUUUCACACCAGAACUGGUUUGGAAUAUCAUGUUUUGACAGUGCACCGAGAGCCGGAACUGAAAUGUUCCAAAUGUGAGAAAACAUUCCAUUUUAAAUCCAGACUGUUGGAGCACAUGCGCGUUCAUGGCGAAAGUUUGACGAAAAACGUUGAACCGAAAAAAUUCAAAUGCGAAAUGCCACAAACUUGUAAGAUUUGCAAUGUUGAGUUUCCUACUGGUGCCAGGUUGAGGUAUCACACGUUAACGGCGCAUCGUGAAGCUCGUUUUAAAUGCACAAAGUGUCCCAGAGCAUUCUUCUUCGUGUCGAAACUGAGGAUUCACCUGCGCGGUCAUGAUAGAGUCAUACCGAAGAAAGAUCCAAAGGACAUGGUACCAUCGAAUUUGACGUGCGAGAUUUGCGAUGUUACAUUAAAUUCUGCUCAUGCAUUCAGAGUGCAUAGGCUAACGGUUCAUACGAAACCUCGCUUCAAGUGUCCAAACUGUGAUAAGUGGUUCCACUUCAGAUCAAGACUGUUGGCACAUAUUCGCGUACAUAAAACAGAACUGAACAACCGCACUCCGGAGGAUUUAACUCCUAAAGAUCCUCAGAACAUACAAAUAAAGAAAGAGAAGUCCCAAAAAGGUGUCAUCACGCCUUGCCCUGUUUGUAAAGCUGAAUUCAUUUCCUCAAAUGCCAAAAGAUUUCAUAUGGCAACGGCACACGUGGCACCAGGAAUAAAAUGUCCUAGGUGUGAAAAAGCAUUUCACUUCCAAUCUCAGCUGGUAAAACAUUUAGUGUGCCAUAGUGAUGUAAAAUUCAAUACCCCAAUUCAAGUGGAGCUACGGAUUACGAAGAAACAAGAGGUACACCCCUGCCAAUCAUGCUCCACCGUUUUCGGCUCGAGAAGUAUGCUAAAAUAUCACGAGGCAACGGUCCACACGGCUCCAAGUAUCCAGUGUCCCCUGUGUGUUAAAGCAUUCCACUUUCAAUACAGACUCGUAAAGCAUUUGAACACGGUUCACAAAGGAGAAACGACAACUAUUAAAACAGAGCCGUUGGAAGAUGUGUAGCGUACGAACCUCUUGCAACAACGUUUGCAGAAGACAAUUCAAUUUUUAAGGCUUCUAUUUUACUGAGAAAGCAUGGAUAGGAACGACAUGUGGAGGUUUUAUGCAACUGUCAAUAGCGCACGGUACAAAACUGAGGAAGUGCCCGCUAUGUGCAAAACUCGGAAAGAAAAUGUGCGGACAGACAAAACAACAGCUGCAGCCAGGUGGAAGGGGCAGUAUUUAUUGCACUAACGAAGUUCUAUAUUCUCU